GUUUCCUGCCGGUGAUGCAAUAAAUCCGAGCUGGGUCGCUGCUGUCCGCGGCGAGGAAGCUUCACUCGCGGCUGCAACGUGUCUCAUCAACGGCUGCCUUUGCUCCGGUCCCCAAGGCUGCCGAGGAAGCGGAGGGGUGGGGGGAGGGAAAGGAGGGCUGCCUCUGCCAGUUGCAGCGGUGCAGCUGUGCAGCUGUGCAGAGAUCCGUCAAGAAGAAGAAGAAGAAAAGAGAGCGCUCUCCCCCCAUCUCUCUUUGCCUGCUUGGAGAAAUUGGAGUGGAUUUUGCUGUCAAGAUGAAGGGUUGCCAAAAUGACUAUGCGGAUGGAUGCACAGAGGCAGCUGCAAAACCCAUGACCGACUCUUUCAAGGCUGAUGAUCUUGUUAUCAAUCCAUCUACCACGCUGAAGGAGAAGCCGGACCCAAAUGGCUUAGUAUUUGGGACAGUUUUCACAGACAACAUGCUGUUUAUUGAAUGGUCCUUAAAAUCUGGAUGGGAUGUUCCUCAGAUUAAGCCCUUGGAGAAUCUCUCUGUGCAUCCAGCCAUCUCAGCACUGCAUUAUGCUGUGGAACCAAGAGGAGUGACAGAGGCGAAACUGCUCCAAAUGCUAUGGCUCAAUGAAUACACACUGUUCGAAGGCAUGAAAGCAUAUCGAGGUGUGGAUGGCAAAAUACGCUUGUUCCGGCCGAGACUCAACAUGGACAGGAUGUUACGGUCAGCAGCGCGAGCAACUUUGCCAGGAUUUGACAAAGAAGAACUUCUGCAGUGUAUCCAGAAACUGGUGGAAGUUGAGAAGGAGUGGGUACCCUAUUCAACCUCUGCUAGCUUGUAUAUCCGCCCUACUUUAAUUGGGACAGAGCCUUCUCUUGGAGUCAAGAAGCCCUCAAGGGCCAUUCUUUAUGUGAUACUGAGCCCUGUGGGGCCCUACUUCUCAAGUGGCACCUUCAACCCUAUCUCCUUGUGGGCAGAUCCAAAAUAUGUCCGAGCUUGGAAAGGUGGGACUGGGGACUGCAAAUUGGGAGGGAAUUAUGGCUCUUCAAUUUAUGCCCAACGUGAAGCCAUGGAAUUGGGGUGCCAGCAGGUUCUCUGGCUUUAUGGGGAUGACCAUCAAAUCACAGAAGUCGGGACGAUGAAUCUUUUCCUAUACUGGCAAAAUGAAAAUGGAGAAAAUGAGCUGGCAACCCCACCGCUGGACGGCAUCAUCCUUCCUGGUGUGACGAGGCAAAGCAUCUUAGAUCUGGCACGCAAGUGGGGUGAAUUUAAAGUAUCAGAGAGAUACAUUACUAUGAGUGAUCUCAGAACUGCCUUGAAGGAAAAAAGAGUGAAGGAGAUGUUUGGGGCAGGAACAGCUUGCGUUGUAUGUCCUGUUUCAACAAUACUGUACCUGGGAGAGAAUUUGCACAUUCCGACGAUGGAGAAUGGACCUCAAAUAGCAACCCGUUUCUGGAACCAGCUAAGUGAUAUCCAAUAUGGGAGAGAAGACAGCGACUGGACGAUCCUGGUGUCAUGAAUGUGAAGGAUGAGAACAUUUCAGCCUUCUGCAAAAGCACGACAAAGUGUUUGAAAUGCCACCUGAACGAUGACCAGUUUCAGCUGUAGCUCUGUGUAGAGUAGUCUGUGUAUUAUCACUUUAUUCCUGAGCUGGGGAGUUGAGUCCACAUGCCAGGAAAUGAAACUUAGGGCUGUUGUUUCCAGGCUGCAAAUGUCAAGUUGAUCACAAAAUAGCAGGAACCAGCUUUCUUUCUGGAUCUCUUUGCUGCUACGUUGUGGUCAAGCAGAUUUUGGCAGGCCAGAGAAGGUAGUCCUAGUAAGCACAUUUUUUUCUUCUGUGAUUUUGGUCUAGAGUAGAAAUCUGUCUUCUGGUGGAGGUGCUAGAUGUCAGCAAUAGAGACUUUCCCAACAGAUCCCUUGGUGUCCCUUAUAGAUUUGGUACAGUGGACAACUGUGUUUAGACGUUCUUCAACUGCUCUUCAUCGCCAGCCAAAUACUCUUGGCCUUAUGUCACUUUUUAACCAGAUUGUUAGGUGAUUGUCUGCCAAAUGACUGAGAGUAAACCUUUCACUAUCUCCUUCUCAUCUGCCACCUUAGAAAAUUAGAGAUUUAUUUUUUCAUAAGACAGGUGGAUAUAUGCAGGACCUAUUUUGAUUGUUUUUUUUUCAUCUUUAGAACUAUUGUCCUAAUUCAUAGGACUUUGAAGAAUCCCAGCUUUAGAUCACUGACUAGAAUCACAUCUCACAGAGGAUAAUUCCUAAAUUGGAUCUGAUGUCUAGAGGAAUUUUUUUUCCCUCUCACUAAUAAGUGACUUCUACCACUGCCAAACUAUGGGAGGUUCUGUAAAUCAGAUUGUUUGAAUGCAGAAUAACGGUUCUGUUGGUUGAUGGCAGAGCCAUCUACAACAUUUUCAACAAGGCAGGUUUUAGAGCAGUGGUUCUCAACCUGUGGGUCGGGACCCCAUUUGGGGUCGAACUACCAUUUCACGGGGGUCGCCAAACAACGCAGUCCGCCAUUUUUUUCCCCCUUUUCCUUAGCUGUGCUACUC